CAGCCUUCGGCUGAGGAGCGGGUUCGGCGGCCUCCAGCCGAGAAAGUUGCUCCGAGGAGAGGCGGAGUCGGGCCGGGCCGAGGCGGACGCGCAGGGUGGGCGUCCCGGGCGGACGGCGCCUUGACCGCCGGCGCGUCCCGGGGGUUCCGAUUUGAAGACCCGGCUUCUCAUCGCCAACUGGAUUAUGCCCAAGGCUCUACUACCCAAUGAUCCUCUUGCAACACGCCGGCCUUCCUCUGCCUAAGCGGUCCUCAUCCUCUCCUCCUAUGUCAGUAGCCACUAGGUCUACAGGAACCUUGCAGCUUCCACCACAGAAGCCUUUUGGGCAGGAGACUUCCUUGCCUCUGGCAGGGGAAGAAGAGUUACCUAAGGGAGGGGAGCAAGACUCUGCCCUGGAGGAGCUAUGUAAGCCUCUGUACUGCAAACUCUGCAAUGUCACCUUGAACUCUGCGCAGCAAGCCCAGGCGCAUUAUCAGGGUAAAAAUCAUGGUAAGAAACUUCGAAAUUACUAUGCAGCAAAUAGCUGUCCUCCUCCUGCCAGAAUGAGCAAUGUGGUGGAGCCUGCAGCUACUCCAGUUGUCCCAGUCCCUCCGCAGAUGGGCUCCUUUAAACCAGGAGGCAGAGUGAUCCUGGCCACAGAGAAUGAUUACUGUAAGCUCUGUGAUGCCUCCUUUAGUUCUCCGGCUGUGGCCCAGGCUCACUAUCAAGGGAAGAAUCAUGCCAAGAGGCUGCGGUUGGCGGAAGCUCAGAGUAACUCAUUCUCGGAAUCCUCAGAGGUGGGUCAACGGCGGGCCCGGAAAGAUGGGAAUGAAUUUAAGAUGAUGCCUAAUAGAAGAAAUAUGUAUGCAGUACAGAAUAAUUCAGCAGGUCCUUACUUCAAUCCCCGCUCUCGGCAGAGAAUUCCACGUGAUUUAGCCAUGUGUGUUACUCCAAGUGGCCAGUUUUACUGCUCAAUGUGUAAUGUUGGGGCUGGCGAAGAGGUGGAAUUCCGGCAGCAUUUAGAGAGCAAGCAACAUAAAAGCAAGGUGUCUGAACAGCGGUAUAGGAAUGAGAUGGAGAAUCUGGGAUAUGUAUAGUGAUUGUUAUAUUCAGAUAGAGCAGCUUGUCCUGCCUGUUGUUUGCCUUCUGUCAACUUGCCCUGCUUUGUGGUCCUUUUGAUAUGAGUAUGUUCUUCUGCUUAGCAUUAAUACAUGUAACCAACCUGCAGUGGUACUGUGAGAUGUCAAAACUGGGGGUGGGCUGGGAGUGGGGGAGAACGUGCUUCUUAGGUCAAAAUGCUUUUUCAGGUCAGUUGUGUUGAGCUACUUAUAGCAUGUGAUCUACCUACCCCAUCAGAAACAACUUUUUAUCUUGGCCAAGUUCGUCAGCUAGUAGCCUGACCACUUACAGCUAUGACUAUUUAAAAAUGUCAUCUUCUUUGCAAUUUUAGUUUUAUGUACUGAUAAAUAAAGAAUUGUAUUAAGUUCUUACUUGAAAUCACAGUAAAAACAGGUAAGCAGAGAUUUCAGUUUCCCAAGGCUUCAUUGGAACCACCACCUCAAUGCAUUGUCGGUGGGAUACGCUAUUAGAAACUGCAUUAGAGUCAUUCCCAGGACCUUUUUUCCUUGGAUUGUUUUCCUCCAUAAUUGAAAUGCAGGUUUUCUUGAAUUCAGACACUUCCAAUGUGCUUGUGUAUUUAAUAGCAGCUAAAGUUAAUUUCCAAUUGUAGAUUUCACACAUUUAGUUGAUACCUUCUUUCCUCCUCUUUUAUUCCCGCCACCCCCGCCCCAGUUGAAUCAGCUUCUGUGACAGGCUCAUUUUUAUACCCCAGCUGUGCUAUGGGUUUUCCAAGUCCCACGUUUGAAUAUCUAAUGAGUUUAAGAUGGAUAUGAUUAAAAGAAUUUUUUUUCACCUGGACUUAGGAAACGUAAAGAUGUGUUAUGUUUUUAAAUUUAGAGUUACUUCAUCAUCGACAGUAACAUAACACUUACAUGAUGGUCUUAACCAUAAGUUCAGAUCUCUUGGUAUUUUGUUUUGGCACACUUUUUAGAUAAUCCAAUCCUUACACUUUACUUACGUUCUUCCUGUCCUGCCGGUUUGUGGCUGUCCUGAAAAAUACUACCACCUGCUGUUUAUAAACAGCAGACAUUUUUUGAAAAGCUAACCAAGUUUCAGUUUCAUCAUUUCGAGUAGAAAAAUACAUGAACUUUAGUUUUAUUCUUUGUAAU